UUCGUUGAUGAAGUCAGUAAGAAUGAGAUAACGUGGGCUCGUCAUUAUGGCAGGGCUAUGGCGGGUCAACGUGCAGCAUUGACAGAUGUCUUUGUACGUGGAGACCGCUACUCGCUCGUUGCAGCCAUCACGACAGAAGGUUAUAUGGCUGCUCAUGUAGUCGAGGGCUCUUUUGAUAGC